CGGCCUCCUUGGAUUUGUGUCUUCACGAUAGGUAAUCCACGAGAAAUCGUCGCCUGUUGUGAGCGUCGGCGGUUUCCAAAUCAGUCAAGCGAGGCAAACCACGGCUUGGCUCACGUUCAAUUUCAGCGACCUUUUCUCCUUUACAAACAUGUUGCUCCCCAAGGGUGGUGUAACGUGGAAGUCGGCCAAAGCCAGGCUGCCCCCAUGGCGGGCUGUCCUGUUUAUGGUCACGAGAACUAGAUUCCUAGUAUCACUGGCCGUGACUGGCUUAAUGGUCCUUCUUUGGCGUGGUAUCAGCAGGUCGGCUUCAGAAAUGCAAAGUUUCUAUUGCUACGGCCCUCCGAAAUCGCCAAUGGAUAUGUCCAUCAAUGAAAUGGUCGAAUGGAACGCACAUCUUCAGACCCCUGUGGUCUUUAACCACCACGAUGCUUACGAAGUAAACUCAUCCAACAUCAAUCACGUCGAUCUCAACCCUAUAAAAUCAACCCAACAGGCCGUCGCGAACGCUGAGCGAGUACUCAUCCUGACGCCGCUGAGAGAUGCCUCGGCUCAUCUGAUUAACUACUUCGACCUUCUCUACAAGUUGACGUACCCCCACGAUCUCAUCGAUCUGGCAUUCCUCGUUGGCGAUAGCAAGGAUGACACCAUGGCUGUUCUUACCGCAGAACUGGCUCGUAUUCAGUCUCAGACGGACGAGAAAAUCGCUUUCCGCAGUGCUACCAUUGUGGAGAAGGAUUUCCAUAGCGAUUUCCAGAUGAAUGUCGAAGACAGGCAUUCAUUUGCUGCUCAGGGACCGCGCCGCAAGGCUAUCGGCAGAGCUCGGAACUACCUACUCUAUUCUGCUCUCAAGCCUGACCACUCAUGGGUCUAUUGGCGAGAUGUCGACAUUUCUGACAGCCCCCCCAGUAUCAUUGAGGACUUUGUCGCUCACGACAGAGACAUUCUCGUGCCCAACAUCUGGUUCCACCGCUACAGGGAUGGCCGCGAUAUUGAAGGUCGCUUUGACUACAACUCGUGGAUCGAAUCCGACAAGGGACGUCGUCUUCGCGAGACGCUUGAUCCGGAUACUGUUUUGGCCGAGGGUUACAAGGAGUAUGAUACUGGCCGACAAUACCUCGUUGGCAUGGGUGACUGGAGGAACAACAAGGAUGAGGAAGUUGAGCUGGACGGCAUUGGCGGAGUCAACAUCCUCGUCAAGGCUGAUGUUCAUCGGUCUGGUAUCAACUUCCCUGCCUACGCCUUCGAGAACCAGGCCGAAACCGAAGGAUUCGCCCGCAUGGCAAAGCGUGCUGGAUACGGCGUCUACGGACUACCCAACUAUGUCGUCUGGCAUAUCGAUACCGAAGAGAAGGGUGGUAACCUUGGGGGCCGCAAAGCCUAUUAACUGCAUUUACGGGUUGAUCCUAUCUUUCAUGCAGUUUGAGUGAAGCGACCAUCUUCAUUCCUUGUUACCAAAACUCGAAAUACCCCCUUUUUCCUGUGUACAUCUGAGC